GAAUACAAUGGUGAAGAAGAGAAGACAAAUCCUCCAUGCAAAUUCCUAAAUCACCUCAAUAAUACUACAAAAUGGGUUCUGAGGGCACAAACGUGAAGGUUGCAGUUCGCUGUAGACCGUUYACUGAAAAUGAAAAAGCUAAGGCCUCUACUAGAGUGGUGAAGAUGAGUGGGGAGAAAAUUAUUGUUCACAAYCCACAGCCUGGAUCAGCUACCAAGGAGCACUCAUUCACAUUUGACCACAGUUACUUCUGGGAGGCUAAGACUGAGCAGCUUUACCAUGAUCUUGGUGCACCUCUUCUCAACAAAGCACUUACUGGAUACAAUGUCACUCUCUUGUGCUAUGGUCAGACAAAUACAGGUAAAACAUUUACCAUGAGAGGAUCUGAAGAAGAACCAGGAAUUAUUCCUUUGUUCAACCAAGAAUUAUUCAAGCAAAUUGAUGAAGCACCUCCAAAUAAACAAUUCUUUGUUACAGUUUCCUACUAUGAGAUCUAUCAAGAAUCGAUCAAUGACCUAUUAAACCCAAGUGGUUAUGAACUGAGAGUUCGACAACACCCUCAACUUGGCAUUUAUGUAGAAGGUUUGGCUGAGCUGGUAGUUGAGAAUGCAGAGGACAUAUUGCGGUUGUAUGAGCAAGGAAACCGAGUCAAGAAGCUUGCUUCAGCUGAUAAGAGUAAAGGUGCUUCCAGGUCAGACAGCAUAUUCAUGAUCAAUGUGGAACAAAGAAACACAGAGAAAGGUUCUUCUGGUGCAGGCAUCAGGUCCAAGAUAACUUUGGUAGAUAUGGCAGGUUCUGAAAGGUCAGACAACGCAGACAUUUCUGUGAAGCAAGGAGCAGUCUUCUAUAACAAAGGAGUCAAUGCACUUAAUUCAGUCAUCAGCACACUAGCUGUGGCUUCUAAAAAGGAAGGCGUAGUUCCCUACCGAGAUUCUAAAAUCACUAGGAUCUUACAGGAUUCUCUUGGAGGUUCUUCAUAUACGACAAUGUUGAUAUCUGUUUCACCAGCUGACUCUGAUUUUGAGGAUACUUUAUUGAGUCUGCAAUGUGGCAGUAAGAUGAGAAAUGUGAAAAAUAUGAUCAAGACAAAUGAGAUAGAAAACACGAAAAUUAUUAAAGACAUAAGRGAUGAAAUCACAAGAUUAAGAGAAAAGCUAGCCAGAACGGGAAUCACUAGUGGACCCAAUAAGGAAGAUGUCACACAAAUGGAGGAGCUUAUCAAAGACCUACAGACAGCCAAGAGACAAACAUGGGAGGAAAAGGAAAGAAUCUCACAAAACUUUGAUGAGGAAAGGCGCCUGAAUUUAGCCAACAAGGGUAUUCUCGACUGGGUGAUGGAUACGAUGAAAAGAGACAACAAGGAGGUACAAGAGAGACUCAUGGUGCUUCAAAAAGAAAAAGAUCAGCUUACGACAGAGUUCAAGGAAAAGCGCAAACUGGUCGACGAACUGAAGGAUGAUUUACAGGGGAAGAUCACAGAUUACUCUAAGCUUACUGAAUCUGGAAAAGAUGGCGAGGAUGAGCUGAAGUUUAUGGUAGCCACCAUCCAUAACAUCAAAGAGAAGCUGAAAGGAGAGAAUGACGAGCUGAAGAAAAUCAAACACAAACUCAAAGAAAUACAAGAAAAACAAAAAGCUGAAAAAGAGGAGGCGAAAACUCAAACGUCAUUUAUGAAGGGAAACUCWGAACUUCGUCACAAGAUAGAGGCGGAACAACGUGAAAAAGUCGAGAAGGAAAAUGCGCAAACUUUGGCUGAUGAGGUCGAUCGAAUAAAAAUGGAAAUCGAACAAGAAAAAGCCGAUCUAAAGAUAUCUACGUUAGAGAACGAGAAGAAGAAACUUAAGGCAGAUUUAGAAGACGCGUAUAAAACACACAAAGAUGAGAUGGAAAUCCAGCAACUACAACACUUCCAGACCUUCCGUAAUUACCGGGAAGUGUUCGAAGAACAGAAGGCUGCCAUUGAACAACGCUAUCGUAUGCUGCUUGAAGAAGCGAUACAAGAUGCCGUGUUCUUGUCUACACGAAAUCAAGAACUCAUGCAAGAAAACCAGUCGUUACAGCARGAAAUAGCCGAGAUGAAAGACCAACUUUCACUAAGAGGGCUAGCAGAAGACUAGUGGAAGCGAGAUUUAUGAUACGCCCUGCAUUUUUUUAUCGCACUGACAACGCUAGCGUCACGACGUCACGCAACGUUUCUCUUCCUGGGAAGAGAAAYGUUGUGUGAACAUCUUCGUAGGAGGCUAUGGUUCUUGUAGUUUUCAUYGCGGCCGUCAUUAGUGUCAUGGCCAAUCCAUAUUGUAUAUAGUUAUCUGUAUCAUAUCCAUUGAGUAGGCUAAAAGAUGUUUGCUUUGCUAGUGUACAUUMAGCAUUGCGGUACGCUGUUAGACAAACCAGGGUGAAUCAUUCUUAUCUAGAUUAAUGCUUGCUUAGCAGUAAUUUCUUAGGGAAUACCGUUUCCUACAUAGACAAAUCCACCAUCUUAUCCCCCCGUGACAACGCCACCCAGUCGUGGUUGUUUGCAGUUUAAUGUCGAAUACUUUGWAAAGCACCGACAUGAGAUUCUAGCGAAUAACUCCUUAAUAUCCUCAACCAAUGGUGAUCCCAAGAUUCUCAUAAAAAUAUGAGACGCAUGGACUCUUUUGUAAAUAUACUUAGCUAUCUUCCAUCUUCCAA